AUGAGACACCCAGUACUUCCCAGUCUGAGCAGUCUGUACAGUGACUCUACCCAGUGUCAGCUUUCUUUCUCUCUGUGUAAACACUUCAUUUUCUCAGAAUUUUAGAUUAUAAAAUCCUCUGGUUCACUUUCUAAGAGAUUUACUGGUUUUUACUCUUUUAUCUACACCCACAGACACACAGACACAUACACACACACACACACACACACACACACACACACACACACACACACCUCUUCAUAUCCUGCAAAAGCUGGAUACCACUGAAGAAAUUUCUGAAGAGGCUUAUCUAUAACUUGAGAGAUGGUGAAUCACUACAAGAAAAUUGUUCUUCUGUUCGGAUUAGAAUGUAUCAAUGACUAUAACUUUAGAGUCCUUAAGUCUUUACUGAUCCAUGACCUAAAACUGACUAAGAAAAUGCAAGAUGAUUAUGACAGAAUUAAGAUUGCUGACUUAAUGGAAGAAAAGUUCCCGGAGGAUGCUGGACUGAGCAAACUGAUAGAAGUAUUUGAAGAUAUUUCAGAACUUGAAGAUUGUGUUGAUAUACUUAGGAAAGAGAUGGAGAAAGUUAAAAAUAAAACCAAAAUAAAAUCUGAAUCCAGUACUCUACCACUUACCCCCAACAUGAUGAAAGUUUGGGAAGUAGAACCAGCUAUGACGACAUCUUCACCAAAGGAAAGCAAAGACACUAUCCCUGUAUCACCUGACACCAUGACAACACAGUUUUGGGAGGAAGAGCCUAACAUUCCAGAACUUUCAGCAACCAGCACAUACCCAGAUGAGUGUGAACCCCUAACUCCUCAGGAGUUUCCAACAACAGCCUCCAGCAGCCUCCAGACCCCCCUGGAGCCUCCAGAAAUAUCAUCCACCAUAUUGGCAACAUCUCAGGCUUCUUCAGCACCAUGUUCCACCUGUGACAAGGCUUCUCCUGUGUCUCCAGUGACAACCUCCAGCAUCACUCAGAUCACCCAGCCCUAUCAGGUAACCUCAACACUUUCUUAUAGUCACCAAGCUACUCUGGAGUCUCCCAAAGCAGAUACCAGCAGUGUCCAGACCUUUCACAUGACACCAGCCACAAUGACCAGUGGUCAUAAUUGUCCUCAGGCACCUGCAGCAGCAGUGUCCAGCAGAUUCAAUAAACCUCAGGUGACCCCAGCAACACUGCCCAGCAGUGUCCAGGCCCCGUGGAUGCCUCAAGCUACAGUGUCCAGCAGUGUCCACACCUUACGAAUGACCCCAGCAACAAUGACCACUGGUUGCAAUAUUCCUCGUGUGUCUGCAGCAACAGUAUCCAGCAAUAACCCUCAGGUGACCCCAGCAACAGUGUGCAGCAGUGUCCAGACCUCGAGAAUGACCUCAGCAGCAAUGACCAGUGGUUGUAAUAGUCCUCAGGUAUCUGGAUCAAGAGUACCUGUCAGUUACAGUAACCCUCGUGUGACUCCAGCCACAGAGCCCAGCAGUGCCCAGAUCUUUGGAAUGACCUCAGCAGCAAUGACCAGUGGUUGUAAUAGUCCUCAGGUGUCUGCAGCAGCAGUGUCCAGCAGUUACAAUAAUGCCCCUCAGGUGUCUUCUGUGACAGUGCCCAGGAGUUUUUCUGCUAUCCCAGUGUCUCCAGCAACACCGCUCAAGAAACCAAGACUGAAGAAUGUACCUAAACAACCUUCUGAAGAAGAUGGUUACCAGCAAGGUUCCAAACAAGUGAUGGUGUUAAAAGCAACAGACCCGUUCACAUAUGACAUGAGACAAGACAAAAGGAUGUUCCAUGCUACCGUGGCUACUGAGACUGAAUACUUCAGAGUGAAGGUGUUUGACAUAGCCCUCAGGAAAAAGUUCACCCCCAAGAAAGUCAUUGUCAUCUCGAAUUAUACCGGCUACAACGGGUUUCUGGAGAUAUACAGAGCCUCCUGUGUAUCAGAAGUGAAUGGUGACAAUGUGAUGAAUGUCCCAUAUUCCCUGAUAAAAAGAGCCAACGCAACACCUAAAAUUAAUACUCUUUGUACACCAAGAGGAAGAACAUUUGUGAAUGGAAUAUUCACCGUAUAUAUGAAAACAGUGAAGAGUGAAUUCAUUUACUACGGAAUAGAAGAUAAAACAGGGAGGAUGGAAGUGGUGGUCUAUGGACAGUUUGCCAAUAUGUACUGUGAGCCUGGAGAUAAGCUUCAGCUCGUCUGCUUUGAACUGAGCUACAGUUUGGAUAAGUGGCAGCUGAGAUCUGAGAGGCACAGUUAUAUGCAGGUCAUCCAGGCUAGGCAGAGAGACCAUGAACCUCCCAAUCUUCAUGCAGUUAUUGAAACAGCUCAAACCCCCCACGCAUGGAUCCCUGAACAGCAAUAGUAAUGAAGUUGUCCUGAUAAACGGCAAGUGCAAAAGUAACAAAUGUGCAUAUGACAUACAGUGAAUGAACAUAUGACAUACAGUGAAUGAACAUAUGACAUACAGUGAAUGAACAUAUGACAUACAGUGAAUGAACAUAUGACAUACAGUGAAUGAACUACAUAUAAAAUCCAGCUCUUGAUCCUAGGAAAUAGUAUUCUUUUAAUUUGUUCCUUAUGCAUUUUAGAUUCUAUACAUUCCAUAUUUCAAUCCGUAUGUCUCAAAAUAUGAAGAAAGAAAAAUAAACAUUUUAUUUAAAUGGC